AUGCCUUCUUCCAUGCCCUUAGAAGGAGAUUCUUCCUCACUCUCGUCCUCUUCUUCUUCCAUCCGUCCGUGGACUCAUGAUGUAUUCUUGAGUUUUCGAGGUGAAGAUGUUCGUCAAAAGUUUAAUUCUCAUCUAUGCCAUGCUUUGCAUCAAAGGGGAAUUAAAACUUACAUAGACAAGAAUCUUGAAAAAGGAGAAGAAAUUUUGUCAAAAAUUUUCAAAGCUAUUGAAGGAUCAAGGAUCUCAAUCAUCAUAUUUUCUAAAAACUAUGCAGAGUCCCGAUGGUGUUUAGAUGAGCUAUUGAAGAUCCUUGAGUAUCCGUCAGAAGUACGGCAUCAAAAAGGGAGUUUUGGAGAAGCAUUUGCCAAACUUAGAUAUAAGUUCAAGGAUGAAGUAAAGGUUACAAAGUGGGAGGUAGCUUUGGAAAAAGUAGCCAAUUUGUCCGGACUCGAAUUAGGGGACAGGAAUGAAUCAGAGUUUGUUCAGGACAUCAUUAAAUGGGUGGACUCAAUAAUGGUAAAUCGUACAGUUCUUAAUGUUGCUAAGUAUCCAGUUGGAAUAGAGUCGCGUGUACGAGACAUUUAUCAGCAUUUAAGCAUGGGAAGGAAUGAUAUUAUAUGCAUGGUAGGGAUAUUUGGAACCGGUGGAAUUGGUAAGACAACUAUUUCAAAAGAGAUCUAUAACAGAAUUUCUUAUCAAUUUGAAGGAAGUUGUUUCUUGAAAAACAUUAGAGAAACUUCAAAAGCAGGAGGUCUGAUCCAGCUACAAAAGACACUUCUUUAUGAGAUUUUGGGAAUAAGUUUGGAAUGUCAUGAUACUGACAAAGGCAUCAAUGUAAUUAGGCAUAGGAUUUGCUCUAAAAGGGUUCUCCUAAUUCUUGAUGAUGUGGAUGAAUUGGUCCAACUAGAAACAUUAGCUGGAGCUCGUGAUUGGUUUGGUUCAGGAAGUAGAAUCAUCAUAACAACAAGAGAUCAACAUUUAUUAAAUAUCUCUAAAGUAGAUUCAAAAUAUGAAGUAAAGAGAUUGGACCAUAAUGAAGCUCUUGAGCUCUUUAGUUGGCAUGCUUUUGAGGAAGACAAACCUAUUGAAGAUUAUGUGGAACUCUCUAAGCAAGUAAUACAAUAUGCUGAGGGCCUUCCACUAGCUUUAACAAUGCUAGGCUCAGAUUUACGGGGUCAGAGUAUAAGUCAAUGGAGAAGUACAUUGGAUAAGUAUAAACAAAUUCGUAGCAAAAAUAUUCAAGAAGUACUCUGUAUAAGUUAUGAUGGAUUGGAUGAUAACGAGAAGGAGAUUUUUCUUGAUAUUGCCUUUUUUUUCAAUGGACAAUGCUUGGGUCAUGUCAUUAAAAUAUUAGACAGUUGUGGUUUCUCUCUAGACAAUGGUAUCAAAAGGCUUAUAGAUAAAUGUCUCAUUACAAUUACUCCUUACAAUACAUUGUGGAUGCACGACUUGCUACAAGACAUGGGCAGAGAAAUUGUUCGAAAGGAAUCACGCAAACAACUGGGAACACGUAGUAGAUUAGGGUUUUAUGAAGAUGUUCGCUAUGUACUCGAGGAAAAUACAGGAACAAACAAUGUUGAGGGGAUAAAAGUGGAUCUGCCUCAGGGUCAUGAUCAUGACAUGAUACGCUUGAAUCCCAAAGCAUUUGCAAAGAUGAAAAGACUCAGAUUUUUUAUAAGCCAUGAUGCACGCUUUUCUGGAAGAGUACUUAAUUAUCUUUCUAAUGAGUUAAGAGUACUUGAUUGGUCAAACUGUCCUUUACAAUCUUUGCCAUCCAAUUUUCAUGGAGAAAAGCUCAUCGAUUUUAAAUUGUAUAGAGGCCGCAUCAAGGAGAUUACCGGGCAAUUUAAGAAUUUGAUGGUAAUGGAAUUUUCUGAGUCUUGCUUGUUUGAGUCUUUAUCAAUGCUCCAACCUGAAGAUUUUUCCAAGGUGUCUCAAGUUGAGAUCUCUAGAAGUCCUGAACCUUCAGAUCAAUUGCUCAAAAUGUCAAAACUUUUCAGAAAUCUAGGGUAA